AUGCACAUUCUAGGGGCACGACGAGACAAGGACGGCUACUUCUGGGUCACUGGCCGCAUGGACGACAUGCUCAAUGUUUCGGGCCACCUGCUGUCCACAGCCGAAGUGGAGUCGGCGCUAAUCGAGCAUCUAGCCGUGGCAGAAUCUGCGGUGGUUGCAAAUCCACACCCCGUCAAGGGCGAAUGCCUCUACUGCUUUGUCGUACUUAAGGAUGGCCACGAAUUCAAUGACCAGCUGGUGAGCGAGCUCAAGGAGAAAGUUCGAACCAAGAUUGGUCCCUUUGCCACGCCCGAGUACAUCCACCACGCCCAGGCACUGCCCAAGACCCGAUCGGGGAAGAUAAUGCGUCGCGUGCUGCGCCAAGUUGCCCGGAAUAACCGCAAUUUCGGAGACCUCAGCACCUUGGCAGACGAGAAUGUUGUCGAGGCCCUCUUUAAGACGAGGCCACCCGUGGCCUAGACCAACUCAACCGGGCUUACACUGUAGUGAUCCAGAAUGCAAUCUAAUGGUUGGACCAGAAGCCUCUUAGUGCCAUAGCUCGGCACACUCGAGCGAUCCCGACCUGGAGGCGAUGCCUAAAACGAAUAAUUUGUUGUGGAGAGCCGAUGUGAAUACGUACUUAACGGCAGCUGUAGUCGUGGAAAAACUACUCGUGAAAAGUCGGGUUGCUAUUUAUGCUAGUCCUAAGCGGCACAGUGGAUAGCUGCCAUCGCCUGUGGCACCUAGGCUUCACAAAUGCUGCUAUACUGCACGGGUACACAAUGAAAACAUUUGUGCGUCUUUUGAUAACCUGCGGCUCAGCUUUCCCGGUGAAGGAGCGUGCCAUCCAGACAGAGGAAUUGGGCUGACACUGUGGCCGACCGACUAGCUUGCAUUCUGGGUCUCUUCAAAGCUGGUGCAGAAUUGGAUGGAAGGGUUGCUCUGCCAGAUAUGCACACAGUGCAUGCAACUAGCCGAGAAUCUACUUAAUCUUGCAGCUGUUGUUGUUUAGUGAUACACUGUGUUACGUUGGCAGGAGGUCAUGCGCCUUUAUCACUGUUUUAUUCUUGGGCAUGUUGUUUUUUUAUAUAUAUAUAAAUAUGUACAUUCUUUGGACUGGCAUGACCUCUGAUCUCUUGCCCACCUCAGGGUUGUGGUUUAGUGAAAAAAUUUCAAGUUUUUAAAGAUGUUGUUGCUUCUUCAGAGUUUAUUCUUGCCCGGUGCAAUAUAUAGAGAAAGACCUACUCUUUCAAGUUGUAUGUGAUCGUACCCACUAGUCGUUGAAAUUGGUGUGACGUGUAGAUUCUUCGUGACCGUAUUCCCAGCCACGAAAGUUGCCGUGUUCCCCAGCGUUCUUUGGCCAAGUGGCUUGCAGCACUUUUCAUUUCCUCUCACUCCAAAAAACACGCGUGGCAGCCCGUUCAGCGGGCAUUGGUCAUUGGUGGCAUUGUGGACCAGAAAAAACAAUGAGCAUAUCUUAUUUCAGCAUUCACACAUCCUUUCGUGAGCCAUUAUUUUGCUCCCAUGUGUCAACCCCAUGACACGCAUAAAGCCAAAAAAAGUGCAUUUGUGUGGGCAUUUUGACGGCACAGUGUAGGUGCUCUGCAAAGACAAUCAAACGCUUUCACCAUCCUAGGAACAGUUGCGAAGGUGCUUGUGGACUCUCUACCUCUAGCAGCACCAAGCAUAGGGGAUGGUAACUUGUCGUUUCUUUCAGGUGUAUUUCGGUGCAUUGCUUGAAAGAGCCGUUAUCGAAGGCCUGUGCAGUAUCGUUGCCUCCUUUCGUUCCGUGGAGCCUUUUGCAUGCCUCAGCUGCAUCAGACAAUCAGUCUAGGCUGUUAAACUUUUCUCAUCAAGUGUUCACGCCAUAUCGCAUAAUUACGUAGCUAGUAUCCAGCAACCCAUCAGCAUAGGUUGGUGUGCCAUGUAGCUACAUUUCUUUAAGGGUCAUGCUGUAACCACAGAGCAUGCUGCAAAUGCAGGUCUCUCCGAUAAAGCACCGUCAAAUUAACUCUGCUCUUCUAUAUGUGGCAUUCUUGCAAAAUUUUGUUUUUAAUUUCCAGUAAACAUCUUGCAGCAAUUCUUUUAUACCGUGCCACAUGGCCACAAGAGGUGACAUGAAGGCCUGAAGUUCACGAAUGACAUUUUCUGCAGUGGAGCUGCCGCACAUUUUAAACUUUAUGGCAUUUGACCUUGUCAUGCCAGUAACAGCGACUUCCAAAGUGAGCUACUAUUUAGGUUAAUAGUAGACAAAAUAAACGCUCAUUUUAGCAAGUUUAAUCUGCAUUCAAAGCUGGUGAAAUGUAGAAAUAACCGUGCUAUGAUGCCAUUAGCUUGAGUCUGUUAUGGUCUUUUACAACUUUGCGACCGACCUUAGUGACUUGCAUGUUGAAUCCGAAGCCCAGAAACAAUGUGGUGCCUGUCAUGUCGAAACCAUUACGAAUGUCAGUUGAAUUUGCUGUAGUGCAAUUAGGGAAUAACAUGAGGUGUGUUAAAAGUGAUGUAUAAAAUAUUUUUCACUUGAUAGAGGCUAUUUCAAACGUUAGAAGUGCACUGCACUAAGCAAGCUACGAUGUCUCAGUCAAAUGCGCAGGUGUUAUGGUGAAUUCCAUUUGAUUUGCGCAUUGUGAAGUUAAUGCCAUUUUGUGUGCUUCUGUGGUACAGGUGCUUUUCUUCUAAUGUGGCUGAUGCGUAUCUGAGCCGAUCUUGAAAUGCACCAGCACACAAUUAGAAAAGCAGCGGUUCACUUAUAACCAAAGAGUCUUAUUUGGGUGCUUCUCUAAUCCUGUGUGCAUUGCAACCUCUGUUUGCACUCAUACUUGACGACUUGGCAUCCAUGUACGUUGCACCUUGUCACAAUGAUGGGUGUUGCCCUGUCAGGACUAUGGCCAUACCUAAGACUUGACUUUGGCUAGCAGCUGCUCUCAAAUAGGCCAAAGGGUGUGUGACUAGGGUGAUAGAAACGCUUCUUAGUCAGGAAACAACUCAAGUGUGUACGUGCACACUUGUAUCUCAGGUUGCGUGCAAGGCUGUCAAGAAACAUUUUCUUCCCCUGCAGCUGAGGCAAUAUUUGUCAGUGCUAUGCAAAAGUACCUCAUUGCACGUACGUGCAAAAUUCGCUAUUGUGGCCAUCUGUAUAUUGCUUGCCAUCUGCAGCACCAGACUCAAGAUCUCUGGUCUUAAAUGUCUUGGUGAACACAUCAAAGCGCACAUUGUGCAUGACCUGUUGUAUGUGGUGCAACGAUGGUGCAUUGUUUAUGGCUUUUACUGCUUGUCGAGUGCCAUCGAUGUGCUGUGGAGUGAUCAGCAGUGCAGUGGAUGUUCUUACUUCGUAGCUUUUUCAUUGUUACGCGUGUACAAUGCAUGGCCCUGUAGGCGAAAGUGCAAUAAAAUGUUCCAGCAAGC